CACGGAGCUUCAUUACAAACAACCCUCCUGCUUGCAUCAGCAACCUCAUCCUCAUCCAUAGGACGAGACAGGUCUUGCAUCGACUCUUGGUUUCUCAAAGCCUGUACCUAGAAGCGUUUGAUAGCGCUGCGAUUAAGAUGGGAAAUCAACAAUCUGGCAUGGGAGGUGGGGGUCAAGGUGGGGACAACAAAGAUGAGAAGGACAAGAAGAAGGACAAGCCUAAGUACGAACCACCUCCACGACCAACAACCAGAAUCGGCCGGAAGAAGCGCAAGGCAGCCGGUCCAAAUGCAUCAGCAAAGCUCCCUGCUGUCUAUCCUACCUCUCGAUGCAAGCUAAGAUACCUCCGAAUGCAACGAAUUCAUGAUCAUCUCCUCCUCGAAGAAGAAUAUGUUGAGAAUCAGGAACGCCUACGAAAGGCAAAGGCUGCAAAAGAGGGUGGAGCUCCUGUAGGUGGUGACGCAGAUGCGUUGGACAGGAAUGCAGAUGAGCGAGGUCGGGUUGAUGAUAUGCGAGGAAGCCCGAUGGGUGUUGGAACUUUGGAGGAAAUGAUCGAUGAUGAUCACGCUAUCGUCUCUUCCACCACUGGCCCCGAGUAUUAUGUCUCCAUCAUGUCCUUCGUCGACAAGGAUCUUUUGGAGCCGGGCGCGAGCGUCUUGCUUCAUCACAAGUCCGUCUCCAUCGUUGGCGUUCUCACCGAUGAUGCCGAUCCUCUGGUCACGGUCAUGAAGCUCGACAAGGCACCAACUGAGUCAUAUGCGGAUAUUGGUGGAUUGGAACAACAAAUUCAAGAAGUUCGGGAGUCUGUAGAACUACCUCUGCUGCAUCCCGAGCUAUAUGAAGAAAUGGGCAUCAAGCCCCCAAAGGGUGUUAUUCUCUACGGUGCUCCUGGUACUGGAAAGACUCUGUUGGCAAAGGCUGUUGCAAAUCAAACUAGUGCAACUUUCUUGCGUAUUGUGGGUAGUGAGUUGAUCCAGAAGUAUCUUGGUGACGGACCACGGCUUGUCAGACAGCUUUUCCAGGUCGCCGCUGAGAAUGCACCCUCCAUUGUUUUCAUUGACGAAAUCGACGCCAUCGGUACGAAGCGAUACGAGUCUACAUCAGGGGGAGAGCGAGAAGUCCAAAGAACCAUGUUGGAGCUUCUGAAUCAGCUUGACGGAUUCGAUGACCGAGGAGACGUCAAAGUCAUCAUGGCCACCAACAAAAUCGAGACCCUCGACCCUGCCCUCAUCCGACCCGGCCGUAUCGACCGAAAGAUCCUCUUUGAAAACCCCGAUCAAGUCACCAAGCGCAAGAUCUUCACUCUCCACACCUCAAAGAUGUCCUUGAACGAAGAUGUCGAUUUGGAAGAAUUCAUUAAUCAAAAGGACGAUCUGUCUGGUGCUGAUAUCAAGGCUAUCUGCUCUGAAGCAGGGUUGAUGGCAUUGAGAGAGCGCAGAAUGCGUGUGCAGAUGGCGGAUUUCCGGGCUGCAAGAGAGCGUGUUUUGAAGACGAAGAGCGAGGGCGAACCCGAGGGAUUGUAUUUGUAGAUAGAUGAGCGUUUGGGAGAGGAGAGGGGACGCUAGAGCAUGCUUGCUUCGAUUCGUUGCACGUGUAUUCUAGAUUCAUAAUGCAUUGCGAUGAGUGGU